CAAGCGGGCAAGCAGCGGGUCUCCAGCGCUCCGGUUGCCCUCGGGGCUCCCUCGCCGCCGCCAUGCGCUCUUUGCAAACCUACCUGCUCCUGCUGGCGGCGCUGCCGGCUUGCCUGCCGGCCAGGCGCCCCCGCACAGUCCACUACACCAACCAUUGGGCCGUACGAGUGCUGGGUGGCCCCGGCGAAGCGGACCGGUUGGCUUCGGCUUACGGCUACCUGAACCUCGGGCAGAUUGGGAGCUUAGAAGACUAUUAUCAUUUCCAUCACAGCAAGACCAUUAAAAGAUCAACGUUCAGCAGCAGAGGCCCACACAACUUCCUCAGAAUGGAUCCAAAGGUAACGUGGAUACAGCAGCAAGAAGUUAAAACAAGAGUGAAAAGACGAGUCCAACGGAACCACCGUUUUGUUUCAUUCAACGACCCAUCUUGGCCUGAAAUGUGGUACAUGCAUUGUGAAGACAACAACAGCGAAUGCAGGUCCGAAAUGAAUGUUCUGGGAGCUUGGCAAAGAGGAUACACUGGCAAAGGUGUCGUAGUGACUAUCCUGGAUGAUGGCAUAGAGAGGAAUCACCCCGAUCUUAUACAGAACUAUGAUCCCCAUGCAAGCUAUGAUGUCAAUGGAAAUGAUGAAGACCCAACUCCGCGCUAUGAUCCAAGCAAUGAAAAUAAGCAUGGCACCCGCUGUGCUGGCGAGGUGGCAGCAUCGGCAAACAACUCCAACUGCAUUGUGGGUAUCGCAUAUAAUGCGAGAAUUGGAGGCAUCCGAAUGCUAGAUGGGGACGUGACAGAUGUGGUGGAAGCCAAAGCAAUUGGUGCCAAACCAGAAUAUAUCCAUGUCUACAGUGCUAGUUGGGGUCCAGAUGAUGAUGGCCGCACGGUGGAUGGACCUGGUCCUUUGGCCAAGCAAGCAUUUGAACAUGGCAUUAAAAAGGGUCGUAGAGGACGAGGUUCUAUUUUUGUCUGGGCUUCUGGAAAUGGUGGCCGAGAAGGGGACCAUUGUUCCUGCGAUGGGUACACCAACAGCGUCUACACCAUCUCUGUUAGCAGCACCACUGAGAAUGGGAACAAGCCGUGGUAUUUGGAGGAGUGCGCUUCCACCCUUGCCACAACUUAUAGCAGCGGGGCCUUCUACGAGCGGCAGAUUAUGACCACCGAUCUGAAGAAACAUUGCACAGAUGGCCACACGGGGACUUCCGUUUCUGCCCCCAUGGUAGCUGGGAUCAUUGCUCUAGCUUUGGAAGCCAAGUUCAUCCCUGCCAAUAAAACAAUCCGCACUAUGACUCUAUCCAGUGCUUGUGCUGACAACUCAGAGCAUCAUGUGGUCUAUUUGGAGCACGUUGUCGUACGGAUUUCCAUUGUGCAUCCUCGGCGGGGAGAUCUACAAAUAUACCUAACGUCUCCUUUGGGAACCAGGUCCCAGUUGCUGGCGAGGAGACAGCAUGAUGACUCUAAUGAAGGCUUCAAACACUGGGAAUUCAUGACUGUCCAUUGCUGGGGUGAAAGGGCAGCUGGAGAAUGGACACUGGAAAUCCAGGAUAAACCCUAUCAUGUUCGCAACCCAGAUGUACAAGGGAAGUUAAAAGAAUGGAGCCUCAUUUUAUAUGGAACUGCUGAGCACCCUUCCUCUAAUAUCAGCACUCAGUACUUUAGGUCAACAAUUUCUUUGGAAAUGGAGCCUUCAAAAGUUGCUUUCUUCCAAAAUCAGAUGGAGAUCCCUGAGGAGGAAGAUGAAUAUACAGGUCUGUGUCAUAGGGAAUGUGGCGACCAAGGAUGCGAUGGUCCCAAUGCCGAUCAGUGCCUGAACUGUUUCCACUACAGCCUUGGAAGUAUUAAAACUGGCAGGAAGUGCGUGAACUCCUGCCCUCCUGGCUACUUUGAGGACAGCCUGCAACGUAAGUGCCGCAGGUGUCACAGGGGCUGCGAAGCAUGUUUGGACCGAAGCCAGAACUCAUGCACAGCCUGCAAGCGCGGUUAUUAUCACCACCAAGAGACAAACACUUGUGUGAUGCUGUGUCCAGCUGGGUUUUACUCUGAGGAUGGUCAAAGGCGUUGCCAGAAGUGUCAUCAAAACUGUAAGAAAUGCUUUGGAGAGAUGGACAAAUGUUCUGUCUGCAAAGAUGGAUUCAGCCUCAUAGACAACAACUGCAUUUCAGGAUGUCAACAGGGCCUGUAUUUGAAGAAGGAACUUCUGCAAUGCGAGGGCUGCCAGUCGGACUGCAGGACGUGUACAGGACCGAGCCAAGAAGAAUGUCUCCAGUGUACCAAGAAGGUCCAUGAGUGGAGGUGCGUCCCGACAUGCGGAGAAGGCUAUUAUUAUGACGAGAGGCUUGGAGUACCGUUCAGAGUUUGCCGAAGGUGUGAAGAUAACUGCUUAAAUUGUGAUGGCUCUGGGAGAAACUGUUCCAGAUGUAAAGAAGGAUUUUAUCUGCUGAGUGGCUCAUGCAUCGCUAGCGACAGAUGUCACAAUGGUGACGAGAUGUUCUGCGAGAUGGUGAAAUCCAACAAGUUAUGUGAACGCAAACCGUUUAUACAGUUUUGCUGUCGGACAUGCUUAUUGGCUGGCUAAGCUGGCAUUUAUUAUCUGCCAUCUGGAACUCCUAAUGUGCCAGCUCCUUCCAGCAAAAAGUAUCCUCUCACCUUUUUCCUUUUUUCCUUUUCCAUUCCCACUCCCACCCUGGUGUAAGCCUUCAUCUAGUCCAACCUCGCCUCGCAACUCAGCUUCUUUCACUAUCACCUACAAGUUUGGUUCCUACCGUGUAGCCACUAUGGGUCCUAGAUAGUGUGAUGGCUUUGCUUGCUGCGUCUUGACCAAAAACAAAUAAAUUAAGAGGCCAACAGGUGAUGUAAAUCCUUCUCAGACAUGUCUGGCGAGUGGAGAUGCACACAACCUCAGCUUCACUCAUGCUAGCCAACUUGUCACAUUUUGUAAAAGAAGAAUGCAGAUGUACCUCCUUUCUGCAUUUCCCCCCCCC